ACCACAUCCACUAACCAUCAACUCCCAGUUGGACGUGUGUUUCUGAUUGGAGUCGCUAUAGCACGUGUCCGGAGUAAACUUAUCUACUAUUUUAAAAAUAUAUAACUAUGGUGGCACAGACUGCGGAUAAAAUGCGGGCUCUGGCCCUCAAGCUGUUCGAGAUCAAUGCCUUCAAGUUCGGUGACUUUAAGAUGAAGGUCGGCAUCAAUUCCCCGGUUUAUUUUGAUCUCCGCGUAAUUGUCAGCUAUCCGGAUGUGAUGCAAACUGUAUCCGAUCUUCUGGUGGAGCACAUCAAAGAUAAACAACUGACCGCCCGGCACGUGUGCGGAGUUCCGUACACGGCUCUUCCUUUGGCCACCAUUGUGUCAGUGCAGCAGGGCACACCCAUGCUGGUUCGACGUAAGGAAGCCAAGGCCUAUGGCACCAAGAAGCUCGUCGAGGGCAUCUUCAACGCCGGCGACACCUGUUUGAUUGUCGAGGAUGUGGUGACCUCCGGCUCUAGCAUCCUGGACACAGUUCGGGAUCUCCAGAGCGAGGGCAUCGUGGUCACCGAUGCUGUGGUGGUGGUGGACCGAGAGCAGGGCGGCGUGGCCAACAUUGCCAAGCAUGGUGUUAAGAUGCACUCGCUCUUUACGCUCUCCUUCCUGCUGAACACUCUCCACGAGGCCGGACGCAUCGAGAAGUCCACCGUGGAGGCAGUGGCCAAGUACAUAGCUGCUGUCCAGAUCAACAGCGAUGGCUCGUUCGUUGGAGGCGAUAAAACCGAUGUCAUUAAAGCCAAUGACUUGCAGCGCACCAAACUGACCUACGAAAGUCGCGCCAACUUGGCCAAGAGCCCCAUCGCGAAGCGACUCUUCAACCUGAUUGUCAGCAAGCAGACGAACCUGUGCUUGGCCGCUGAUCUCACCCAGGCGGAUGAGAUCCUGGACAUAGCCGACAAGUGCGGUCCCUACAUCUGCUUGCUGAAGACCCAUGUGGACAUUGUGGAGGACUUUAGCGAAGGAUUCAUCAACAGCCUCAAGUCCUUGGCACAAAAACACAACUUCCUGCUGAUGGAGGACCGCAAGUUUGCGGAUAUUGGCAACACGGUAUCCCUACAGUACGGAAAGGGCAUCUACAAGAUAUCCAGCUGGGCGGACUUGGUCACGGCGCACACAUUGCCGGGUCGGAGUAUCCUGCAGGGCUUGAAGGCAGCUCUAGGCGAAGGGGAAGCCCAGGAGCGUGGUGUGUUCCUGCUCUCGGAAAUGUCGGCCAGUGGAAACCUGAUCGACGCCAAGUACAAGGAAAACAGCAAUAAGAUUGCCACCGAGGGAGCCGAUGUGGACUUUGUUGCCGGCGUCGUAUGCCAGUCGUCAGAUGCCUUCGCCUUUCCUGGCCUGCUCCAGUUGACGCCUGGCGUUAAGAUCGAUGAGAGUGUGGACCAGCUGGGCCAGCAGUACCAGACACCGGAACAUGUGGUCAAGGAGCGAGGAGCCGACAUCGGAGUUGUGGGCAGGGGCAUUCUCAAGGCAGCCAAUCCUGAGAAAGCGGCCCAGACCUACAGGGACCGUCUGUGGGCAGCCUACCAGGAUCGCGUGGCAAAGUAGAGCCUUUCCUCUUCCAGUUCCCAACAUUUCGUUCAAAUUCCACAACUUGGUUUCGGUUAUCCCUUAGUUAAAAAAAAACAUUUUCUUUCCAUGAUUUUAGUAUGCAUUUAAGAUGAAUAAUCCCUGGAAAGUAACAGGUGACAAACAAAGUUUGCCGUAAGAUAGGAUUUACAACAAAUAUAAUGGUGGCUAAAUUAGCAAAAACAAAGUGUGAAAUGCCUCAGGGUUGAGGCGAUCUUCCGAAGGAAUGAGAGUCCGCCUCCUAAUAAGAUGCCAGGCACUGCAAUACGUAGCUGUAGUCGCCGGAGAGAUCGUCCUAAAAUGAGAAUCGGGAGAGCAGAGGAGCAAGUUGAAUCUGACCAUUUUUAUUUUCCGGUGUAUGUAAGAUAACUUUAUUAGUUAAUACAAGCACAAACAAUUCAUACGAUUACUAUGCUGAAUAAUUUACAAAAAAAUACAUGUAUACAAAAUAAAAUACGUAAAAAAGAGUUUAAUAAAA